AAGCCUCAGAUAAGUGAACACCUACGCAGAUAGCGUCCAUCCGACAUGAAGCUUGGGGCUCAAAACUCCGUAUGCUCGGCAAAUAUUGCUACAAUACUUUUCUAUUUUGUCUUUAGUACUGAAUUUGUUAACAUCUAUAGUAAUGGACCUCUGAACCUCCCAAUGGUAUUAAACACAUCUGAGCCUCUUUUCUUGUUCCUCUGGAGUUACAAAAUUCGUAGACCAGAAGAAGCGUGCAAGGGAUAUGAUUGCCUCAAAGAAACUGGAAGCUGUGAACAGAUGCGGAAAAUUGCGCUUGAUAAAUAUAUGUACAAUUUUACAGUGUCCAAACUUAGGAACCAAAGUGAAUGGGACGAACAGCAACGCGUGGGACUAUUUGGUAACAAUACAGACCCACCAGUUUCGAUGAAAGUCUACAACACAACAGGUGGUACUGGCAUGUAUCAAAAUAUGACGCUUAUUUAUAAUCAAGAAAAAACUUUCAACUGUAGCGUCUUCAUCGUCAGUGAACAAGACACACAAAAUGCUGGUGCUACGAGGUGCGCCAUGUAUGUGAAGGGGAAACUUCCUAAUCGUGUGUAUCCUCCACUGCAAUGCCAGAUUGCAUUCAACACUUGCGGUGCCUCGAAGAAAGUAUAUAAGCCAUACACGUGGACUUGUGAAGUGCAUAUGGAGUAAAGUAACAAGAAGAGUCACUCAAAUAAAGUUUAUUCCUAUACUAUCCCUACCCUGUUCGAAAUAUGGUAUAAGUAA